UAUUGUCAUCGUAGGGUUCAGGUAAAUUCAUAUUCGUCUUAUGAAAUAUUCCCUUUAGUUAAGUAGACGAUGCCGAGGUCAGAGGUUAGCUAGACACAAUGCUGAAGAAGAUGUCCACGAAUGCGUCGAUGAAGAAACUGUUCCAGUUCGCGAUAGACCGAGGCGGCACGUUCACGGACGUGUACGCACGAUGUCCGGGAGGGAAGACCAGGGUCAUGAAGCUGCUGUCCGAAGACCCCGCCAACUACCCCGAUGCUCCACGGGAGGGAAUCCGCAGGAUCUUGGAAGAGGAAACAGGUAUCCCCAUGCCAGCUGACCAGCCACUGGACCCGUCUCUGAUUGGCUGGAUCCGUAUGGGCACAACGGUAGCCACGAAUGCCCUACUGGAGAGGAAAGGUGAGCGCAUGGCGCUGGUCAUCACUCAAGGCUUCCAGGACCUGCUGCACAUCGGCAACCAGUCACGGCCAAAUAUCUUUGAUCUGGAAAUUGUGACCCCAGAUGUCCUGUAUGAGGAGGUGGUUGAAGUGAAGGAGCGUGUUAUCCUGGAGCAGGAGUCCUGUCAGCUGGACAAACCUGCCGACUUACAGACUGUCACUGGAACAACAGGAGAGAAGUUACAUGUGUGGGAACAGCUGGAUGAGGUACAGCUACGUGCAGACCUACAGGCUAUACUGGAUAGAGGCAUCAGGAGCUUGGCUGUGGUCCUCAUGCACUCUUACACUUUUGCAGGCCACGAGCAGAAGGUGGGCCAGCUGGCCAGGGAGAUGGGGUUCCACCAGGUGUCCCUGUCCAGUGAAGUCAUGCCCAUGUUCCGUAUUGUACCCAGAGGUUACACAGCUUGUGCAGAUGCUUACUUGACUCCCCACAUAAAGAGGUACCUUGCAAGUUUUGGGAGUGGUUUCCAAGGAGGUCUGGAGAAAACACAGGUCCUGUUCAUGCAGUCAGAUGGAGGUCUCACCCCCAUGGACAAAUUCAAUGGCUCACACGCGAUCCUGUCCGGCCCAGCUGGAGGAGUGGUUGGUUAUGGCAUGACAACCUUUGACCAGGAAACUCAACAGCCAGUCAUUGGCUUUGACAUGGGAGGUACAUCUACAGAUGUGAGCAGGUAUGCAGGUGAAUAUGAACAUGUGUUUGAGACAACUACAGCUGGGGUGACUAUACAAGCUCCACAGCUUGACAUCAACACAGUAGCAGCAGGUGGGGGCUCCCGGCUGUUCUUCCGCUCAGGGCUGUUUGUUGUUGGACCAGAGUCGGCAGGGGCACACCCUGGGCCUGUCUGCUACAAGAAAGGUGGCCCCCUGACAGUAACUGAUGCCAACUUGUGUUUGGGGAGACUCCUACCAGAGUAUUUUCCUUCCAUCUUUGGGGAGAAGGAAGACCAGCCAUUGGACAAACCUGCAACCAUGGCUGCCUUCUCAAAACUUACACAAGAGGUCAAUGACUUCCAGGCUAGCCAAUCAGAUGCAGAUGGCACAAAGAAAGAGCCAAUGACAAUGGAGGAGAUUGCCAUGGGGUACAUACAGGUGGCCAAUGAGGCCAUGUGUCGACCAAUCAGAGCUCUGACACAGGCCAAAGGUCAUGACACCUCUCAGCACGUCCUGGCCUGUUUCGGGGGUGCAGGAGGACAGCAUGCUUGUGCCAUCGCCAAGUCUCUGGGCAUGUCCACUGUCUUCAUCCACAGGUAUGCUGGUAUCCUGUCUGCCUAUGGCAUGGCCCUGGCUGAUGUGGUUCACGAGGCGCAGGAACCAUGUGCUGUCAACUAUAGUAAAGACAACUUUUCUCUGCUUGAACAGAGAAUAGCAGCACUCAGGCAAACCUGCAUUAAGGAGCUCAAGACUGAAGGAUUCACAGAGGCUCAGAUCCAGACGGAAGCGUUCCUGCACCUGAGGUAUGACAGGACAGACUGUGCCCUGAUGUGCUCCUCCCAUGGAUAUCCACCAAGUACUGACACAUGUGGGGAGGGAGACUUUGAGAAGUCCUUCACAGACAGGUACAUGCGUGAGUUUGGGUUCACAAUCCCUGGACGACCAAUCAAAGUUGAUGACAUCCGCGUACGCGGGGUGGGUCAGACGGGGAUACGUGACCACCACGUGAUUCGGCCCUCUGGUCAAACACCCAGGGUGGAACUGGUGACCAAGUGUUACUUUGACAACCGUUACCAUGACACCAAUGUAUACAUGCUGGAUGAUCUGUCAUGUGACCAUGACAUCCAUGGGCCAGCCAUUCUUAUUGAGAAAAACAGUACCAUCAUAGUGGAGCCUGACUGCAGUGCCAGCAUCACUCCAGAGGGGGAUGUGAAGAUAUCGGUCGGCACUGCUGGGAGGAAGAGAAUAGGAACAGGACUGGACGCCAUACAGCUCUCGAUCUUCUCCCAUCGGUUCAUGAGUAUUGCUGAACAGAUGGGCAGAAUCCUCCAAAGAACUGCAAUAUCCACCAACAUCAAGGAGAGACUUGACUUCUCCUGUGCGCUAUUUGGCCCAGACGGUGGACUGGUGGCCAAUGCACCUCACAUCCCUGUUCACCUGGGGGCCAUGCAGGAAACUGUCCAGUACCAGUUGAGGCAGUUAGGAGAAGACAUCCAUCAAGGUGAUGUCAUCUUAAGUAACCACCCUUCUGCAGGAGGGAGUCAUCUACCUGACUUCACGGUUAUCACACCAGUUUUCUACAAGGGAGAAGAGAGACCUGUCUUCUUUGUGGCAUCACGAGGGCACCAUGCAGAUAUAGGUGGCAUUACACCUGGCUCCAUGCCUGCACACUCAAAGUCUCUCAGUGAGGAAGGAGCAGUGUUCAAGUCCUUCAAGCUGAUAGAGAAUGGGAAAUACAUGCAGGAAGCCCUUACAGAGAGGCUGAUGGCCCCAGGGCUGAUCCCGGGCAGCUCAGGCACCAGGAAUCUCCAUGACAACCUGGCGGACCUGCAGGCUCAGGUGGCAGCCAACCAGAAGGGCAUCAAACUGGUGCAGGAGCUGAUCGAUGCUUAUGGGCUGGAUGUGGUGCAGGCUUACAUGGGAUACAUACAGAACAAUGCUGAGGUGGCUGUGCGGGACAUGCUGAAGGAGAUUGCCCAGGAGACUAAGGCCAGGACUGGCACCACGCAGCUGUUUGCUGAGGACCACAUGGAUGAUGGCACUCCCCUGGUGCUGAACGUCAGCAUUGAUGAAAAGAAGGGAACGGCAGUGUUUGACUUCAGUGGGACGGGUCCUGAGGUGUUUGGGAACACCAACGCACCCCGAGCCAUCACGUCAUCUGCCCUCAUCUACUGCCUCAGGUGUAUGGUGGCACAUGACAUUCCACUCAACCAGGGUUGUUUGAAGCCAGUUAAGAUCCAGAUGCCACCCAACUGCAUCCUGAACCCGUCUGACACUGCUGCUGUGGUGGGAGGGAACGUGCUGACCAGCCAGAGAGUGGUGGACGUCAUCCUGAAGGCCUUCCACAUCUGUGCUGCCUCGCAGGGCUGCAUGAAUAACAUUGCAUUUGGUGACAAGGAUGUCGGCUACUAUGAGACAGUUGCGGGAGGACAUGGGGCGGGCCCAACAUGGGAUGGCAGAAGUGGGGUUCAUGUCCACAUGACCAACACCAGGAUCACUGAUCCAGAAAUUGUGGAGAGGAGGUACCCAGUGGUAUUGAGAAGGUUCCACCUGAACCAUGGGACAGGGGGGAAGGGUCAGUACUGUGGAGGGGAUGGUGUGCUGAGGGAACUCCUCUUCAGGAGGCCAGUCAUGUUCACCAUCCUGAGUGAGAGAAGAGCCUUCCAGCCAUAUGGUCUUAACGGAGGAGAGCCAGGAGCCAGGGGGAUGAACCUGGUCAUCUAUCACGAUGGUAGAGUUGUCAACCUGGGAGGCAAAUCAAGCGUCAACUUACACCCUGGGGACUGUUUCCAGCUGCAGUCCCCAGGGGGAGGGGGUUACGGUGACCCCACCCUGAGGGACCCCAGGGAACCCGUGGCCAAACGUCGCAAGAGAGACGAGGUGGCCAGUCACCACUACCAGCAGAGGGGCAGUGUGUAUGCCUACAAACUCACUCAGGAGUCAGCAUAGUGUUAUAGGGUUGUAUUUGGGGCUCGCUCAGGAGUACUUGUAAGUCAUUGACUGGUUGAGAGAUGUUCUGCGCAUGUCUGGUGCAUGUUCAACACUAAAAAAUGUAUACUCCCGGUAGGCAUGGCAUAAAACUGGUCAGACUGUACCUGAACUACCACUGACCUUAGUUGGCUAGUGGUCGGGGUACCAUGUUCAGCUAUGUGUAAUAAGCAAGGCUUCAAAGAGCACUUGUAGGCUUAGAGGUCUGCAUUUGCUCCACAAAAAGUGCACAUAUAUGAGAACAAUUGUGAUUUUACAGAUAAAAUUAUUUUAAUCCAGAGACACUAUUUUGAUAAUGACAGUAAUAACAUGCUUAAAUGUGAAUGCCCCCUAAUUGCAGCACAUCUUUUGAAGGUGUGUCUGUAAUUACUGUAAAUGCAGUACUUGAAUAGGUUAAAAAUAUAACCUUACCUACAGGGAAUAAUUGGUGUGCAAUGAUACACAAUCAAUUAAUACUUUCAUAACUUAGUGAUAAGCUUAAUACCACAACACAACAUUUGUCACAACACUGCUGAACAAUGUGUACAGCCAGAUAAAUCAAGUCAAAUCAAAACAAUGUGUUAUACAUAAUCAUAGUGAUUAUACCUCACUAAUCUUGUGUCUUAUGAAUUAUUAUUAUGUUAUUAUUUCAAAGUUAAAUGCUCAUUGAUUAGUGUCUUAAUAUCAGAUGUAAUUUGUUAAAGCAGUUUACCUCAGUAUUGAUUAUUGCAUAUAUCAAACAGAUGAAACUGUAUCCUAGAGUACAUAUAUAACUAUACAUGUGAAGGGGAAUUGUGUAAUAUACAUAAUAGACGUCAAGCAAACAGGCAACAAUAGGCUUAUCAUUGUCAAAAUUCUGUCAGGUGGUAAAGAUAUUGCUAUUAGAGGUAUGAGGUAACCUAUAUACAGAAAUAAAUGCAUCAUCUAAGAUG